GGGAUUACGAAAUCGGAAUACGAUAAAUUCGUCAAGAAGUUCGGUAUUAAUCACGGUUAAUCCGGCAGAUGACUGUCAUGUGAUUCAAUCUUCGAAGAAAACAGCCCGCGUAAGUUAACCCCUCGUAAUGCAUGGCAUUUUAUUCAUUCUUUUAUUGAGCACUGCCGACCAUUAGUAAAAAUCAUGCGAGUCUUCCAUUUAAGUACUUGUUUCCGCCAAAUACUUCUAUCGUCUUCCAGGGCUAAAAGUUUGAGAAUUUUACAUCCAGACUUUUAUCACCCGAAACUUGCAUGCACAAUUCCUACUUUCCCUAUCUUAAAUUCAUUAGAUCAGAAUUUUUGUUCAAUACCUGUUUGCGUUUGGCCCGCAGAUUUACCCCCAGCAACUGAAUGGGGCUACGGCAUAAAAGGUCCAGACACAUGGCCCUCUAAGUACCCCCAGGCUGGUGGCCAGCACCAAUCUCCUGUGGACAUCGUGACGUCAUCCAUUCAAUCCAGAUCUUAUGACACUCCCCUCACCUGGAAAUACGGGCCCGGCAUCUGCAAAACCAUCGUCAACACGGGCUGCGGAUGGCGGGUCGAUGUUCAGGGAAAUGAUUCGGAGCUUACCGGAGGCCCUUUGUCCGAGUCGUACGAGUUAGUCCAGUUCCAUAGCCACUGGGGCAAUGACAAUACCUGUGGUUCCGAGCACACUGUGGACGGAAAAGCUUAUGCUGGAGAGCUCCACUUCGUCCACUGGAACAGAGACAAAUUCCCGUCUUGUGCUGAAGCAGUUCCAUCACCGUCUGGCCUUACUGUCAUCGCUGUCUUCCUGGAGGAAGGCGAAAAGAACCCUGAGAUGGACAAAUUGUGUGAUGUUUUGUCCAAGAUUCCAUCGAAGGAUGAUAGAACUGAAUUACCCGAAGAUUUAGACCCGGUUGCCAUGUAUCCCGCUGAUCAUUCCUUUUGGACCUAUUCCGGAUCUCUUACUACUCCGCCUUGUUAUGAAAGUGUCACCUGGAUUGUGUUCAAGAAUCCCAUCACCGUGUCUCAGGAACAGCUGGAUUGUUUCAGGCGCAUGAAGAAGCCUUGUGCCCAGGAAGAUAGCUUCAUCCUGAAAAAUUAUCGCCCACCACAAUCAUUAAAUGACCGAGAAAUAUUUGAUUGUGCUGCCUAAACAAUAGCCAUAACAUUGAAAUAGAUUCUGUCCUAUCAGAUCUCAUUGUUGUUAUUGUUGUUCUAUCAGAAAUAUGUAUUUAUGCACCAAAUAUGAUGACUAUCCAAGGUUCUAGAGUAUAUUUUUUUGAACAGUUAACAUGUUUGAGAGUAUAGAACAUGGUUUUUAGCACUUGAAUUAAGGAAAUAAUUGACACUAGAAGCAUCUUUUUUUAAAUUUUAAAUAGCACUAUAAGAAUAAAUUUAAUAUUAUUGCAUCAAUAUUUCAAAAAAUAAUAAAUUUUAGGUGAAGGUAUAUAUACCACAUAUUACUUAGAAAUUUAUAUAAUUAACUUGUCUCAUUUAUCUGCAUACUUGUUCUGAAAUUUUUAAUUAGUCUAAAAUUAGGGAUUUUUACAAAUGAUUUUAUUUUAUUUUACCUAGUCAGAAUUAAUUGAAAUCAUAAAUAUAUUUUCAAUUUCACGUUGAAAAAAUUGAACUCAGUGAGUUGAGUGAACUUUCUUUCUCACAACUAUAUUUAUUUUACUUCAUUUUUUAUACUAGUCUUUUUUUAUAGAAUUUUUACAUUACAACUAUAUUAAAUUUUAUUUUUAAUUGUGUUAUCUUGAUUCUUGUAUUUUGGAAACUAAGAAAUUUUUUAGUACUGAUUCAACUUUGUUGAUGUCUAAAAAGAAUAAACAAUAAAGUCUUAAUAAAUAUGCAACACCAACUUACUUCGACAAAAACAUACUUGAAUAUAGUUAGACAAAUGUUUUAAAAUUUCUAAAAAUUAUCCAAAAUAGAAACAAAUUCAAUUACAUAAAAAAUAUAUGUGAAAUUCACAAUUUUUAUACUGAAAGAUAAGUAUAUACUACAUUCAUACUAAAGGUGUGCUUUUCAGUGUUUAUUAUAUCCUUAAUGUAAACCAUUACAGAUAUUUAUGCAAUAUUAUACUCUCUUUAUGCAACGAAUGCAUGCAAAAUAUUCUAUAAUCGAUGUCUUUUGUAUGAUUUGCGUUUUGGUUUCCAUUGUUUACUUUUUAUUUCUUACUGCCUUGAUUGAAUCUCAGGUUACGUAAUGUAAUAACAAUCUUUUGCUUUUUGUGGUGCUUUUUGUUCUUGUUGCAUGUGUUCCUCAAUUUGCAUAUUAAACAUCGAAUCAAUGCUAUUGUCUGAAUGUUUGAUGAUAAUUGUCAGCAAUACUUUUACAUACUAAUAUUCACUUAACUUCAUAAAUAAAAAAAUUUACUUUGAUUUUGUAAAUAUAGCAAAAUUACUAUAAUAAGUAAACUUUAGUUCAGUUUGCAUAUUUUAAAAUUUGAAAAAAUCUUGGACUUUUUUAUUCAACAAAACUAUUUAUUGUAUUUUAUAAAACUCAAGUUCUUUGUAACUUAUUUAAAGAGUUCAAUGAACAAUAGUAUCACUUUAAUUGGAAAAAUGUUUUUAUUUCUUACAAGUUUAAAAAUGAAUCAUUAAAUAUAUGUAACUGAUUAUUGUGGCAGCUAAAAUUCUUUUUUAAAAGUGUUAAUAGACUUUUAAAAAUUCAUUUUUUUAUGUUGUUUAAGUUUUAAAAAAUUCUUUUGAUUAUUAACCAUUUUUAUCAUAAAUAUGGAAAAAGAAAUUUUCUUUUGUAAGUAUAAUUGCAAUAUUUUCAAUGAAACACAUUAAUUGUCCAGUUAGUAAAUAUACCUUAAUUAUAAACUGAUUUCUUCUGCUUAUUUUAGUUAAAUUUUCUAAAAUUGAAUAUUUAGGAUUUCAGUUAAUUAGGAUUUUGAUAUGUAUAAAAUCCUUUUUGGUAUUGGUAUUUUUUUAUGAACUGAAAUGUUAACAAGUACAAUCAUUAAUUUUAUAGAACUUUAAAAUUUCGAUUUUUAUAAGACAUUUUAAAAAAAUUGAAUAGAUAAAAUUUUUUAUAUUAUACUUCUAAAUAUAUUAUUAUUGACUUUGAAAACUCAUUCACGCUGAAAAUGGUGAUGCCAAAAAUGCUGUAAGCAUGUAACCAAACGCAAAUGUUCAAAACUGAAUUUCUAUAUGUGUUUCAAACAUUUUUUUGGUCUCUGAACCUAUGAAGUCAUUUAGCUGCCUCGUUAUUCAUCAAAAAUGAAAUAUAAUUUGUCUUAAAAAUGAGUAAAAUUUAAUUAUUUUCAGAAUCUCGCAUUAUUUUAUGUACAUAGUUGUUAAGUAUCUAUCAUAAAAUAUUAGUGAGCUGUAUUAAUAUUUAAAUAUUUUGUUUUAUAUAAUUUUAUUUUGUUAUAAAUUUUAUGUUUUUCAAUCUGAAAAAUAUUGCAUGUUGAAUAAAUUGUUAAAGAAAAUGCUGCUAGUCAUCUGUUAACAAUUUGUUAAAGUGAUUGUUAAUUAUAUCUAUUUUAAGUAAUACAUACAAUCAUCAUUUAGUUUGUUGAAAGUAAUAUGAGCUGGUGUUUGAAUUCAUCCAAUUCAACUAUUAAUGUUGAAAUAAAUGCAGUGCAUUUGGAUGUUAUUGUUAUGUUUAAUGUGAUUUUAUUUGAGCUGCAUUAUUUUUUCCAGAGUUGAUUUAAAGAAGUUUUUUAAAUCCAAUUUACUUUUCUCUAAUUACACUAUUUGAUUUUUUUUUUUUUUUUUUAACAUGACAUAUCCCUCAUUCUCUCUAUCUCAAUAGUACAAACUACUUUUGGAAUAUCUCUGUAAAUUUUAUUCUGCCUUUGAAUAUAGAUGUAAUCUUGUUGCAUAUGCAUUAUUGUUGUUAUUUUUAUGUGAUAGUCUAUUCAUGUAUGUUUUAUAAAAGAUAUAUAAAAAAAAUCUUUGUUUAUAUUAAAGAUGCUUUAAGUGUAAAUAGCUAUAUUUUUGUUAAUUUUGAAAUGAUCAUUUGUUGUCUUGUAUAUUCUGAAAUUGAAGAACAAAAUCUGAAAUGAAGAAGAAAUUCAAGUAGAAUAUGAGUAACAUUAUACUGAUAGCACUAGGAAUCAUGUGUCUUAGGAAAUGUCUAAAGACAAAUAAUUUCCCUUUAUAUAAUACAAACAAGAUAAUGGAAUAAAUAACUUUGUGAUAAGUAAGAGGGAAAAGGGUUAGUAGGAUGCCUACAUUAAAGUGUACAGCAAAAAUAAGAUAAAAUAAACUACAGAAUUGAAUUAAAUACUGAAUUUACUUCAAUACCUUUACUUAACAUUUACAGCAGUGAAUCUGUUUCAGUAUAUUGAUUGCUGUUACAAAACCUUAAAGUGUUCACUUUUUUAAUACAGUGAUUGAUUUUCAUGCUUCCUUAAUUGUAUGUUUUUAAUUCUACCUUCUUUUAUCCUCAAUUUUUUUUAUUAAAUCCCUGUAAUUGUAUUAAUGAUGUCCUUGCAAUUUAGUUUAACUUUGUCUCUUUUUUUUUAUUUGUUAUAUGUAAAAGAUUUUAUUUAGUAUCAGCUGAAUUACUGUCAUUAUGCAUAUUUUUUCUAAUUUUCUCAUUAUUAUACAUUAUUUUUUUAAAAAAUUACCUAUGAUCAUUCUGUUGGUGUAGAGAAUUGUUUAUUUAAUAUUGAAGCAUUUAGUGUUUUGUAGAUUGAUUUUAAGAUAUUAAAUGAAAAUUACUAGAAGAAAAAUCUUGAAAAAAAAAAGAACUGAUUUUAUGUAGUUUGUGCUAUACUACAUAAUAAUAUGUGUGAUAUGAUUAUGUGCUGUAUAUAUGGAUUGAAUAGAAAUUUAAAGCAGUUUAUUAUAAUAACAAUAAUUUUGUAGAAAAAUUUGUGAUAUAAAAUGCAACCAAAUAUUUUGUUUAAAAACUAAUCAAGUUAGUUGAUUUGCUAGUUAUUUUUAAACAUUUAACUUAAGUUGAAAAUACAUUUUAUACCUGAAAUUUUCCCUUCCCGUCUUAAAAAAAUAUAUAAAAAAAUUGUUUCAUGCCUAUAAAAUGUGCCAAGUCUUUUGAAAUAUGUUUUACUUCAGAAGUUCCUUAUUGAAAAACAUUGUUUUGAAACUGUUCAUGUUCAAAAUAUUCUUAAUUUAUACUCUUUAUAAAUAGAGCUAUUAAAUAUUACAGAAAAAUUAUUAUUAAUUAUUAUUAUAAAUUAUUAUAGAUAGAAUUUAGCAAUUAUAAAGGCCAUAAUUAGGCAGAAAUAAGAUGAUAUUUAUAGAAUAUAAAUUAAGAAUGUUGAAUGUAUUUGGAAAGAACAAUUGUUAUAAUUUUGAAUUUUGUUAUGGAAAUUGUUUUAAAGGAGCUUUUAUCAUUGUAUCCUUGAAGCUCCUGAAGCAGCUGUAGUUUUUUGUUAUAGAGAAAGGAAUAAUGUUGAGAUACAUUUGCUUACUCUUCAAAACAAUUUUCAGUAUCUACUGGUGUUAUAAAGAUUUAAAUGUUAUGUUUUGUGAUUGGAUGGUGCUUCCUUCGCUUACAUGUAAUUCUUUCAUAUGUAAGCAUGGUGAGUUGUUGAUAAUUUUUAUCUAUAAUUCCCUUACUGGGGCAGAUGUUCUUGCAUUUAAAAUACUGUCUUCCAGUUUGUAGUAAUACAUUUAACAAUUGUUUUGAAUAAUCAGUGUUUCUGUAAAUUCUUUUGAGAAUGCUCUGAAACAAAUUUAAUAAAUAUCUGUUGACUGUAUAUAUUCUAAUUAAAUUUCUUCUAAAAGAAAUGCUUGUUAAGGACUGAGUUAAAGUGUAUUGCUUGGAGCCACUUUUAUUUUUUAUAAAAGUUGAAAUUAUAUGAAUUUGUAAUGAUACUAUUAUGAUUGUUUAUCAUAUGAGUGUUUACUUUUAUCAGAAUUUAAUGUGAUCAAAAAUCAUGUGAUUAUUUUUUCUGUAUAAUUCAAGGUUUGACAAUUUGCAGAACUAUCCAUUAAGAGAUUUGUGAAAUAUUUAUUUUUGCUGUUGAAUAUCUGAAAGAAAAAUGUAUUUCUUGAAGAAUUGCUUUUCAUUUCUUCACAAAAAAAAAAUAAUAAUAAUAAUAAUAAUUUUAGUGACAAGCAGUUUUAUUAUAUGUUUUUAAUUUAAAUUAUUAUUGAAGGAAAAAAAAUGUUUGAUCAAAGUUACUACUUAAAAGCUAGUCAGUAUUUAAACUAUACAUGCAGUUGAAAAUAUUUUUAAAGACAUUUUUACCAAUCUUUAUCUGUUUAUUUAUAACAUUUUGUGCCAUUUUUCUUAUCUUUAUUUGGCAAGGGGGAAAAAAAUACGAAACUUUUUGAAUGCUUGUCGCUGCAGAUUUAAUAUACUGUUUUAAUAUAUAUUUUGUUAUAGAAUAAAGAUUGUAUGCUUUUUCAUGAAUCUGAUUUUCUUCACUUUCAUUUUCUGUUAUAACAAAAUUAUCAUUAUAAAUGAAAUUAUAUAAUAAUUUUAAUAUGUUUAUUAUAUAUUAGAGGCAAAACCUGUUUCAGAUUAAAAAAUAUAGAAUUUUAAAUUUUGUGAACUUAAUCUAAAUUUGUUAUAUUACCAUAAUAUAUUUCAUUUUUGUAUUAAAUUUUAACCAUAGCUAAAUUAUGCACGAAACAUUUUAUUAUUUACAGAAAAAUGAACUACAUCUGCAUUCAACUAGUAAUAGUAAAGUAAAUAAUCAAACAGUUUUAAUUUUUUAUCAUAUUUGCAUUAUUAAUCAAAAUGCAAAAAUAAUGGCACAGUAAGGUACAGUAUUCUUAGUUACUUACAUAAUACACUAUAUUAAAUAAUUAAAUUCACAUAUUUCUACUUUAAAUUUCAUCCUAUCUUAGAACAGAAUUAAAAAUAGUAAGUUAUAGAAGAAAAUUCAGUCAUAUUAAAUCCUUUUUAGGUAUAUGUCUGCAAAAUAUUUCAGGUCUGUUAUGAUAAAAUAUUUAGGUAAGUAAGUGUUAAAUGUGUUAAAUAAUGUUUUAUGGGCAUUAUUUUUGAAAAUAUACUUGAAGUUGUUAAUUAGUUGCAAUGCAUUUUGUUUGUACGCAUUGGAUCAAAGUAAUUGCAUUUAGUGUUGUGCCAAAUUGGCGAAAAUAAUCAAAUGUAUAGGAAUCAUAUUUUUGUUGUGUUUUUGAAAGAGUGUUUAAUAAAAAGUUUUUGAAAUAUC